CCCCACAUGGAAUGCUUUGCCCCACACACCACAACACAAACACUAAGUCUAAACCCUAAAGUUGUCCCUUCCCGUUCUUCUUGCUAAAAAAGUAGUCUUUGAUUUUGAAAUCACCAUUGUAAUGGCUAGCUCAGGAAUGCUGAUCAAGCUUGCUUGUGUGGUGAUGUUGUGCAUGGUAGUGAUUGCACCCCAUGCUGAGGCUGCGAUAUCGUGUGGCACGGUGGCGACGAGCCUGGCACCGUGCCUCCCGUACCUGAGGACUGGUGGUCAGGUGCCGACGCCGUGCUGCAACGGGGUUAAGUCCCUGUACAGCGCGGCAAAGACCACCGUGGACCGCAGGACUGCUUGCACCUGCAUGAAGACUGCUGCUGCUUCGGUGACUGAUAUCAACCUCGGUCUGGCUUCUAGCCUUCCUAGCAAAUGUGGUGUCAACAUUCCCUACAAGAUCAGCCCCAGCACUGACUGCUCCAAGGUGCAGUGAGGUUGAUGAAGGACAGGACAGUGUGAGAGAUGCCAUGCCCUAUUAGUAAGAGCCUAUGAAUAAAGAUUGGGUCAGGUCAAGUCGAGUUCACAUGGGGGUUCCAGUUGAGCUAGUUGUCCAGCUUUUCAGUGUCCUCUAUUGUGUUUUGGUGUCUGUUUUUAUUUGCUUCUCUUUCUCAUCUGUACGGUGAUCCUAUGUUACAAAUGAUAUCCAUAAUGUUCUACUUCUCUA